AACAAUAUGGAUACUAAAAAUGCAACAUUGCUGACAGAGUUUGUUCUCACAGGACUUGCAUAUCAACUGGAGUGGCAAAUCCCCCUGUUUCUGGUGUUCUUGGUGAUAUAUCUCAUCACCAUUGUGGGAAACCUUGGACUGAUUGCACUCAUCUGCAAUGACCCUCACCUUCACAUCCCCAUGUACUUACUCCUUGGGAGUUUAGCCUUCACGGAUGCUUGGAUAUCAUCCACAGUGACCCCCAAGAUGCUGGUCAGCUUCUUUGUCAAGGGUAAGAUAUCUCUCUCUGAAUGCAUGAUACAAUUUUUUUCCUUUGCAUUCAGUGCAACCACAGAAUGUUUUCUUUUGGCAGCAAUGGCGUAUGAUCGCUAUGUGGCCAUAUGCAAUCCAUUACUUUAUCCAGUGAUUAUGACUAAUACACUAUGCAUCCGACUGUUAGUCACAUUAUUUGUGUGUGGCCUUAUUUAUUCCGCAUUUCAUGUAUUUUUUUUACUCAGAUUAACUUUCUGUAGUUCUAACAUAAUACAUCACUUUUACUGUGAUAUCAUGCCAUUGUUUAAAAUUUCCUGUACUGACCCUUCAAUUAAUGUUCUGAUCAUUUUUAUUUUCUCUGGGUUAAUACAGGUGUUCACCAGUCUGACAGUUCUUGUCUCUUAUAUGCUUGUUCUCUUUACAAUCUUGAAAAGAAAGUCUGUACAAGGCUUCAGGAAAGCCUUCUCCACCUGUGGAGCCCAUCUCUUAUCUGUCUCUUUAUAUUAUGGUCCUCUUUUCUUCAUGUAUGUGCGCCCUGGAUCUGCACAAGCAGAUGACCAAGAUAUGAUGGACUCUCUAUUUUAUACUGUCAUCAUUCCUCUGUUAAAUCCAAUUAUCUACAGCCUAAGAAAUGAGAAAGUCACAGACUCACUUGAAAAAAUGUUAAAGAGAAAUGUUUAG